GACAGUGGCGGGUGAGGCGGUUGGUGCGGGGAGUUUCCGGUGAGGAGACAGCGACAUGGAGGAGGUGCAGCGGCGGCACCCGCGCCGGUCUCUGAAGAAGCUAAGUGAGGACAGCUUGACCAAACAGCCAGAAGAAGUCUUCGAUGUAUUAGAAAAACUCGGUGAAGGGUCCUAUGGCAGUGUUUUCAAAGCCAUUCACAAAGAAUCUGGCCAGGUUGUGGCCAUCAAACAGGUGCCUGUGGAGUCUGACCUGCAGGAGAUCAUCAAGGAGAUCUCCAUCAUGCAGCAGUGUGACAGCUGCCACGUGGUCAAGUAUUACGGAAGCUACUUCAAGAACCGAGACCUGUGGAUUGUGAUGGAAUACUGUGGAGCCGGCUCAGUCUCCGAUCUCAUCCGGAUACGGAAUAAAACGCUAACAGAAGACGAGAUCGCCACAAUAUUACAGUCCACGCUGAAGGGGCUGGAGUACCUGCACUUCAUGAGGAAAAUCCACCGAGACAUCAAAGCCGGGAACAUCCUGCUGAACAAUGAGGGCCACGCCAAGCUGGCAGAUUUCGGAGUCGCUGGGCAGCUCACUGACACAAUGGCAAAGAGGAAUACCGUGAUCGGAACUCCCUUCUGGAUGGCACCGGAAGUGAUCCAGGAGAUCGGUUACAAUUGUGUGGCUGAUAUCUGGUCGCUGGGCAUCUCAGCGAUAGAAAUGGCGGAGGGGAAACCGCCCUACGCCGACAUUCAUCCCAUGAGGGCUAUUUUCAUGAUUCCCACAAACCCACCACCAACGUUCCGGAAGCCAGAGCUGUGGUCGGACGAGUUUACGGAUUUUGUGAAGCAGUGUCUGGUGAAAAACCCUGAGCACAGAGCCGCAGCCACCCAGCUGUUACAGCACCCCUUCAUUAAAGCUGCCAAGCCGGUGUCUAUCCUACGCGCCCUGAUCAAUGACGCCAUGGAAAUUAAACUGAAGAAGCAGGAGGAGCAGCAGCGGGACCUGGAUCAGGACGACGACGAGAACUCAGAAGAGGAUGAGUUGGACUCGGGCACCAUGGUGCGAGCCUCUGCGGAGGAGACGGGUACCAUGAGGGCGGCCGGCACCAUGAGCGACGGAGCGCGGACCAUGAUCGAGCACGACAGCUCCACGCUGGACUCCCAGAUGGGUACCAUGGUCAUCAACAGCGAGGAUGAAGAGGACGGCACCAUGAAGAGGAGAGAUGACACCAUGCAGCAGAACAAGCCGUCGUUCCUGGAAUACUUUGAGCAGAAGGAGAAAGAGAACCAGGCUAACAAUUGCAGCAGCAACCGGAACACGCAAGCCUCUCAGAACUCACCCUCUGAUAGCUGGAAGGUCCCGCAGGACGGGGACUUUGAAUUUCUGAAGGGUUGGAGCGUGGAGGAGCUCCAGCGGAGACUGGCCUCCCUCGACCCCAUGAUGGAGCAGGAGAUCGAGGAGAUCCGCCAGCGUUACCAGGCCAAGCGGCAGCCCAUCCUCGAUGCCAUCGACGCAAAGAAACGCCGGCAGCAGAAUUUCUGAACCACCAGGACCUUCCUCCCAUCCUGCCCCCUUCCCCAAUCCUCCCCAAUCCUCCCCAACCCCUCCUUUCCUUCCCCAGCAUCAGGACAAUGGCGCAGGUGCUCUACACCAGGCUAUAUGGAGCUCAGGGCUGAAGAAUCUUCCGCAAGAGAAAAGUGUGCUUCGAUUUGUGUUCCUCAUUUUAUAUUUUAUAUAUAAAACAAAUUGACUUUCUUUUUCUGGCCAACAGCCAGCCAGUGCUCUGCUAGAUAUGGACAUUGCUUCUCUGACUUCAGUUGGGAAGCUUCUCUGUCAGGGUGUACAGUGUUUAUUAUUGUUUCAAGCUCAAAACCCAUUCUCAGAACAAGCCAACUCAAUCCCCUUCCCCCUGCGCCCCACUUUGCUCUGGAAAUCUCAUGGUACUGGAACCAUAAAGACCGACAGAUCAGGUUUAUUCUUUACCCAACUGUGACAUUUUGUGACUUGCGACAGAUUGGGGAAGAGAAGAAUGGGGACAGAGGGGGGAAGAAAGGUCCUGUGUUUCUCCAAUUGCCUCCCACCCCCC